AGUCCAUAAAACUUAUUUUAUCAUGUUCACGGUUUAGAAAGCACCGGAACCCAAGCUUCGCCUCUGGAGUGCCUCUCCUCGUCUCCGAUCAUCUCAUCAUCCUUUGCCCUUGAGCUCAAUCCGGAAAGGGAAAGCACAGCAUAUUUCUCUCGUUGGCUGGCCGUGUUGCUUUAAGUUUCUCAAUCGAAUCUCUCGGAUUGAGGCCCCGUUUUCUUAGUUCCUAAGUUCGAGGGCCCCAAUCUUCACCCACUUCAUGGGCAUCGAAGGGGAAUCGGGCGACUCGAACGCCGCUAGCGUCGGUGAGUCCCUUCUCGCUACAGUCCACGUCCGCUGCACCAACGGAUCCAAGUUCUCCGUCCAGGUUGCGCUCAACACCACCGUUAGCGCCUUCAAGGCCCUCCUCGCUGAGAAGUCCGAUGUGCCGACGCAGCAGCAGAGGUUGAUCUACAAAGGACGGAUCUUGAAGGAUGAGCAGACUUUAGAGAGCUAUGGCAUGGAGUCAGAUCAUACAGUUCACAUGGUUUGUGGUUCUGUGCCAUCCACCACAUCCACUAAUACUUCAGCCAAUCUCGGUACUUCUGCUACAGAAACUCUAAGAGAUGCCAGUUCCACUGAUGGUGGAGGCUUCAGUGGUGUUGGCUCUGCUUCUCCAUUAAUUCCUGGACUUGGUGCUAAUGGGCUUUUUGGUACUGGAGCUUCUGGCUUUGCUGGGUCUUGGUUUCCUGAGUUUGAUCAAGUGCAGCAGCAGCUUACUCAGAAUCCAAACGUGAUGAGAGAUAUUCUGAACAUGCCAGCCAUUCAAAAUUUAAUGAAUAAUCCUGAUUUAGUGCGUAAUCUCAUUAUGAACAAUCCCCAAAUGAGGGAGAUACUAGACCGUAAUCCUGAUCUUGCACACGUUCUUAAUGAUCCAAGCACUCUUAGGCAGACUCUGGAAGCUGCUAGAAAUCCAGAAUUAAUGAGAGAAAUGAUGCGGAAUACAGACAGAGCUAUGAGCAAUAUUGAAUCCUCACCAGAAGGGUUUAACAUGCUCAGGCGUAUGUAUGAAACUGUGCAGGAGCCAUUCCUAAAUGCAACGACCAUGGCUGGCAACACUGGGGGUGAUGAUUCAAAUCCAUUUGCAGCCCUCUUGGGGAAUCAAGGAAAUGUACAGACCAGGGAUCGGUCAACGAACCGAUCAGAUGUGGAAAAUGGUUCUUUACCAAAUAGUAACCCACUUCCUAAUCCAUGGAGCAAUGCUGCAGCUGGACCUACAACUACAAAUACAAGAUCAACCCCUGCUAGUGAGGCAAGAUCUGAUUUAUUUGGUGGGCUUAGUGUUCCGGAAUUAGAUGCUGGUGGCAUUCUUGAUCCAUCUGCUCUAAGCCAGAUGUUGCAAAAUCCAGCCACGGCUCAAAUGAUGCAAUCUAUUCUAUCAAAUCCCCAAUAUGUCAACCAGAUAUUUAAUAUGAAUCCACAGCUUCGUAGCAUGAUGGAAUCAAAUACUCAGUUGAGAGAAAUGGUGCAAAAUCCAGAAUUUCUUCGGCAGCUAGCAUCACCGGAGGCAUUGCAGCAAGCUCUGUCAUUACAACAAUCACUUUUUACACUGUUUGGUCAGCAGCCUUCGAAUCAGGGACGAAACCAGAGCAAUGGUGCAACAGGAAUGGAACAUUUGAUGCAGAUGUUUGGCGGACUUGGAGCAGGUGGUAAUUUUGGCAUCCCCAGCAACCCAGAUGUGCCCCCGGAAGAGCUGUACGCCACACAGCUUUCUCAGCUUCAGGAAAUGGGUUUCUUUGAUACCCAGGAGAACAUCCGGGCUCUCAUUGCUACAGCCGGGAAUGUCCAUGCUGCUGUGGAGAGGCUAUUGGGAAGCUUGGGUCAUUAGAAUCCAGGUAACUCUCUCAUUCUUUGUCCUUUUCCAUAUCAAUUGAGGUGCGUCUGUACGGCCCUCCCGUGCUUGCCAUGCUGCUGUUUUCCUUUUGUGAUAACCAAGUGCAGCCUUGCUGCCGCCUACUUCCCGGCAUGGAAUAAUUAGCAGUGUCGUUCAAAAGCUCUGUGAUUUAUUUAUUGCUAUAUGGGACUUCAUAGUUUACUUUUACCUGUUUACCGAGUUGUUUAUGCUAAAGACAGCUUUUGUAUAUACAUUUGCUUGACGCAUGUCAUUUUGUGAGUUGUUCAUAAUCUAUUGUUAUGGCUGUGGGUGGUGAUGAUGAUAUAUGCUCCAGAAUCUUUUGAAGAGACUAUUCUUAUUCUA